UGGUAAUAAAAAGUCAAAAGUAGAAGCUGAAAAGGUUUACCAGAAUGAUAUUGAUAUCACCAAAGAAAUGCUCUACACAUCUGAUGAAAAGUGGAAAUCCAACAUUGCAGUAUAUGAUUUGGGUGGAGGUACCUUUGAUAUUUCUAUUCUUGAAAUACAGAAAGGUGUUUUUGAAGUGAAAUCUACUAAUGGAGACACAUUUUUGGGAGGUGAAGAUUUUGACAAUGCUCUUGUUAAUUAUCUUGCCAAAGAGUUUAAAAAAGAUCAAGGUGUUGAUUUGUCGAAAGAUACCAUGUCAAUGCAGAGGUUAAAAGAAGCAGCUGAAAAAGCUAAAAUUGAAUUAUCAUCAUCUGUACAGACUGAUAUUAAUUUGCCAUACCUUACUGUGGAUGCCAGUGGUCCUAAACACAUGAACAUGAAGUUGACUAGAGCCAAGUUUGAAAGUUUAGUGUCUGAUCUAAUUAAGAGAACUGUUGAUCCCUGCAAAAAGGCCAUAAAUGAUGCUGAUGUGAAAAAAACUGAUAUUCAAGAAGUAAUUUUAGUGGGCGGUAUGACCAGAAUGCCAAAGGUUCAAGAAAUGGUUCAGGAUAUCUUUGGAAAACUUCCUAGUAAAUCUGUAAAUCCUGAUGAAGCUGUUGCUGUAGGAGCUGCUAUUCAGGGUGGUGUAUUAGCUGGCGAUGUCACAGAUGUUUUACUUUUGGAUGUGACUCCAUUAUCCUUAGGUAUUGAGACUCUUGGAGGUGUUUUCACCAAACUGAUAGGAAAGAAUACAACUAUUCCUACUAAGAAAAGUCAAGUAUUCUCCACUGCUGCAGAUGGACAGACUCAGGUAGAAAUUAAAGUUUACCAAGGUGAAAGAGAAAUGGCUGUAGAUAAUAAACUUCUUGGACAGUUUUCUUUAGUUGGUAUUCCUCCUGCCCCUAGAGGAGUUCCACAGAUUGAAGUUACUUUCGAUAUUGAUGCUAACGGAAUAGUGCAUGUAUCUGCUAGAGACAGAGCUACUGGAAAAGAACAGAACAUUGUAAUCCAGUCAUCUGGUGGAUUAAGCAAAGAUGAAAUUGAAAAUAUGAUUAAGAAUGCUGAAAAGUAUGCUGAGCAAGAUAGGAUUAAGAAGGAAACUGUUGAAGUAGUUAAUCAAGCUGAAGGUAUUAUUCAUGACACAGAAUCCAAAAUGGAAGAAUUCAAAAGCCAAUUACCAGAAGAGGAGGUGACAAAUAUCAAAAAUAAAAUUGCUGAAGUCAGGCAAUUAAUUUCAAAUAAGGACCAAGAAUCUCCAGAAAUACUCCGCAAAGCUACACAAGAGUUGCAGCAGGCAUCCCUUAAAUUGUUUGAGGCAGCAUAUAAAAAGAUGGCUAGUGAAAGGCAAGGUAGCACAAGUAGUGAAAGCACUAGUGAGAGCUCUACAGAAGAGACAGAGCAAAAGAAGGAAGAAAAGAAUUGACAUCUUUUUUUAUACAGAUGAUGAACUCAAUAGCUGGCUAUAAAUAUUCUUCAUUUUGCUUGUGUUUUGAGUUUUGAACAUCAACCAAGUUCAUAUAUAAUUGUAAUGAUGUUCAUUACUGCAGAACCACAUGGCAUUGUAAUAUAGCUCAUCACUAAUUAUGUAGAUAAAAAAUUUCAAGUAAAAA